AAAUGUAUACCACAUAUACUACACCCGACCGCCAUGGUUAUAGUGUAAAAUUUUCAACAUUUGAAACAGAUCGACUACUGCUGGCCACAAGUCAAUUAUAUGGCUUGGCCGGUGGUGGUUCUCUAUUUCUUUUACAGGAUAGCCCCAACAAUGGAAUCGGUGAAAUUGCCCGUCUCGAAUGGUCUGAUGGUCUAUUUGAUGUUUCCUGGUGUCCCUACAGUAACAGUGUUGCUGUUACAUCCUCCGGUGAUGGUUCACUACAAAUAUGGUCCGGUUUAGAUGCCGACAGCGAAACCUCUACGAAAAUUCCCCAAAAACCGGUAAUGUGUUUGCGUGAGCACAAAAAUGAGGUAUACAGCGUCGAUUGGAGUGAAAAAUGGAAUUAUCAUCAAAUACUAUCGGCCAGUUGGGAUGGUUCAAUAAAAUUAUGGGAUUGUAAUCGUCAAAAGUCGGUAGCCACUUACAGUGGUCACAGCGAUUUGAUAUACAGUGCAAAAUUUUCACCAUUUAUAGCAAAUAUUUUUGCUAGUGUAGGUACGGAUGGAAUAUUAAAUUUAUGGAAUUCUUUUGAUUUUUCAGGUAAGCCAUUGAUGUCGGUGCCCGAGGCUCAUAGUUGUGAAAUCUUGUCGAUGGAUUGGAGUAAAUUGGAUCGUAAUGUUUUGGUGACCGGCGGGGCUGAUGGUUUUGUCCGGGCCUGGGAUUUGAGAAAUAUGAAGGAACAUGUUUUUGAGCUGUUUUCGGGAGAAUUUGCCGUGAGGAGAUUGGCAUUUUCGCCACACAAGGCCACCGUAUUGGCAUCGGCAAAUUAUGAUUUUACAACAAGAAUUUGGGACUUUGGUGUCUCGGCAGAUGCUGUUGAAAUCCAUGAACAUCACACCGAAUUCGUGUGUGGUCUCGACUGGAAUGCCAACAAAGUUCAUCAACUUGCCGACUGUGGGUGGGACAGUGUAAUCAAUAUUUUCACACCGAAAACACUUAAAAUGUGA